UUGAAAUUCAUUGUGUUUUAGAAGAGCGAUUCAAAAAACAUAGUUCCCUUGACUUAAAUUUUAUUGAAAUUGUAUUCCGUUAGAUUGUUACUUUUGUUUGUUACUUCUAAAUCCACGAAAGCCGCAAUGGACCACCAAAGACAGAAUAUGGUUUCUGCCGAAGGCUAUCUCAGCGAGGUUCAGAAGCGGGAGCAGCGUGCCCGCCUAAUAAACGUCCUGAGCCGCUUUAAGCCGCACGAUGCCAAUCCCCAGCAGUUCUACAACUGCGUCCGCGAACUGUGCAUCAUCCAUAAUUGCAGCAUCGACGAGGGCGUGGAGCGGGCAGCUGUCACCUGGCCGAGGCUUAGUGAGAUCCAGCGGGAGACCUACAAUUCGCAACGGCAUGCUCAACUACCCAUUCCGGUGCCGCGGCACCUCCUCUACCGCGCCUUCGAGAAGGAGCGCAACGGCAUGUGGUCCCUGGGACGCUCCACGACGAGUGGUGGCAGGCACUCCACUCGCUACACCCUUGAGGCCUACACGCCGCCCCCGAAACCAUCGAGGAUACAGGCACGCUUGCAGCAGAGGAGGCCCAAGUACGACAACCGGUUGGAUCUGCCGCCCAAGGUCGCUGCGACGCAUGUGCCGCCGCCCCCAAAACCGAAGUUGUCUAGGCCUUCACCGUCUUCCAUGCGCCGGAUCCGGAGUCUUGCACCUCCGACUAUACAGCGGGUUCAGUCCAUUAGGCACAUCCUGCCGCUGGUCGGCGAAAAGAAGACAGCACGACAACGCCUCCAGAGAAAGCUGGAAAAGAUCUGUGCCCCAGAAUCCGUUGCGGAUCCAAAGGCAUCCGGUGAUGGCCAUGGAGCCCAGAAGAAGAAGGCCACCAAGCGAAAGAGCUCGAAGACCAAGAAGUUGGCCAAAAGCAAGGAUCUGGAGGUCAUAGCCUUUGACCCUAAAUGGAACAUAGCUAUUGGCAGUGUCCGUCGGCGCCUCAUGAUGCAUGAACACUAGAUAAGAGGUUAUUUUUGAAUAUUUGUUAGUGGGUCCCUGUAAGUUCUAAAUUAAGAGUGAAUAAAAUUAUAAUUAAACAAGAA